GUCAGUUCUCCAUUUUGGGAUUUUGUGUUCACCAGAGGAGUCUUCACUAAUUCAACAUCACACUGGGGGACUAGUGACUUGAAGACAGUUUGUUCAUCACUGCUCAUCGUGUCCAUCAAGAUCUGGCCAGAGAAAUAAGGAGUCCUGAAGUGCAGCCGCUGACUUUACCUGAAAGGAAGAGGCCUCACUGAGAUAUCACCAUGUCAGAUGAUGGAGAAAAUACCACCACCCAACAGUCCUAUGAUUAUUCAGGCUAUUAUGACGGACUUCCUCCAGACUUCACUCCUUGCAACAUUGCUGAUUUGAAAAAUUUUGGCAAAGUGUUUCUGCCCACUCUCUACAGCUUGGUUUUCAUCACUGGCUUCUUAGGCAAUGGCCUAGUGGUGUGCGUCCUGGUGUAUUACCGCAACCAGACCAACCUGACAGACAUCUGCCUCUUUAACCUGGCCAUCUCCGACCUCCUCUUCGUCCUCACGCUGCCUUUCUACUCUCACUACUCUGUGGUAGGUCAGUGGACUUUCGGAGACUUCAUGUGCCGUUUUGCCACCGGCUCCCACAAAACUGGCUUCUUCAGCAGCAUCUUCUUCAUGGUUGUCAUGACGCUGGACCGUUACGUGGUCAUCCUGCACGCUCGCUCAAUGGCGCGUUAUCGCACUCUGAGAGCAGGAGUUGCUGUGAGCUUGCUGGUCUGGAUGCUGAGCUUGUGCGUCUCUUUGCCGGAUAUCAUCUACACAAAGGUGACAAAUGAGUCUCACAGGCUGGCUUGUAGCUACGUCCCUGAAAAUGACUCCUGGAAGAUCUAUAACAUCUUCUCAAUAAAUGUGUUGGGUCUCAUGAUCCCCUUGUUGGUGAUGGUCGUCUGCUACGCCAGAAUCAUCCCCAUACUGGUGAACAUCAGGAGUGCAAAGAAGCACCGUAUUGUCAAGCUGAUCAUCACCAUAGUUGUCACCUUUUUCUUAUUCUGGGCCCCAUAUAACAUCAUUCUUUUCUUGGGGUUCCUGAAAUCUGAGGGUGUAUUGCAGAGCAGCUGCAACAUGGAAGGGCAUUUAAGGCUGUCAGCCAUAGUGACUGAGACGUUUGCUUAUACCCACUGCUGCCUGAACCCCAUCAUAUAUGCCUUUGUGGGACAGAAGUUCAUGAAACGAGCCCUUCAGCUGUUGAGGAAAUGGGUGCCUGGGAUUAACUUCACCUUCCCCAGAGAUUUCUCAGACAGCUCAUACAGGAAAAGCUCAGUUGUUUCCAGGUCCUCUGAUGCCACCUCCACUUUCAUCAUGUAGGAGGUGGAGGGCAGAUUAUGUUGUAUAUGUUGUGCUUUAUGGACAUCACCUGCUGAGCUGACACGUUUUUAUCCAUGUGACCUUGUUAUUAGGCUACUGCUGCUACUGCUAACGAUAUUAUAAUUGUUCAUGCUGCGUGAUUUCUUUUGUCAGCCUUAUUCAACACAUAAUCUUAAAAAGCUGCCUGAAGGCUGCCUGUAGUUAUAUAUUAUUUACACCUUAGACUUGAGACUCUUUUAGUUUUAUUUGCACUUUGAAUUUGCACUAAAAUAUUUGUUUUGACAAGGGCUGCACAAUAUAUUGUUUUCCUCUUUUGAUAUUGGAUGAUAAACACAUUGCAAAAUAUUUGACUUUUAAUAAAGUAAUGUUUUAAAUUACAGUCUGUCUGCAGUCCCAGUUUUGUCUAAUAUAUGGCCAUGCUGUUAACUCUCUGGCCAAUCAGACAGAGCCCUCCCUGUUAGGCAUCUUCUGAUUAGUUAUAAUCCAUGUGCAUGCCAAAGUUGAGUGCGGACACAAAUGCAAAUGCCAGAGAUGAGCUGGUACCCACAAAACAGCACGUCCGGCAAUAUUUUAGAUACAGGAGAGAUGACGAUACACAAGCACAGCUGCUGUCCAAGUCAAGAAUUGAGCACACUUUAAAGGUCCAGUAUGUCAUCUGCAGCGAGGUUGAAGAACUGAAACUGUGUGUGCCAAGCAUGCAUGCCAAAUUACAGUGGCGGAUGUGAAAAUGUGCAAACAAGAAUGGCCCUAACUAGAGCCCGUGUUUGAUUUGUCUGUUUUGGGCUACUGUAGAACAUGGCAGACUCUGGCAGAGGAGCUGCUUCAUAUGUAGAAAUAAACGGCUCAUUCUAAGGUAACAAAAACACAACAAUUCUUAUUGUCAAGUGAUUAUCAACUAAUGAAAACAUAGUUAGGAAUAUUAUAUACCAUUUCUGCCCAUAGAUGCCCCUAAAUCCUACACACUGGUCCUUAAUAUCUGUGUAUUUAUCGCAUAUAAUAUUGUUACCAGGAUAUUCAACAAUGCUAUUACAUAUCACAUAUUUUUCCUGAUAUCAUGCAGCCCUAGUUUUGACCAUAAGAUGUCAGAUGUGUAAUCCAGUCAAGUGUAAAUGCAAUGCAAAUCAAGCAACACCAUCUACUGUCUGAUCUCAGAUAUUUGCUAAAUGCUUUGCAAGGCUCCUCCUUUUCCUGCUGAACACUGACUGAAACGAUGAGCCUCUUGUUUGUAACGGCCUGAAACCACAAAGUUUGUUUAUGCGUGCUUGAGGUGUUUAAAACUUUCACACAUGAGUUAAUAAGCCUGCAAGUUAAAAAAACAACAACAUUCACACUGUAUGGAAAAGUUAUCAUUUAUGAUGAAACCAAAUACUCUUACAACAUGGAAUUGUUUUUCUUAAUUUCCUGUGGAAAAAGUGUUUCAUUCAAAUGUUGGAUGAUGAAUGAAAGCCACAAAGCUGAAAACACGGGCUUAUCUGUCACCUUUUGCACAUUCAGACGUCAUUAUUAAUCAAAGUUUGGCUCAUCGUAAACAUCUGUAAUUUGUCAUAUAUUUUCUUGAUAGUGUUUUAUGCCUCACAUUUGUACUAAUGUACAGUAUAUUGCAAAUUUAUUUCUUCUGUUUUCAUACUGAAUAUAUUCUUUUUUUGUCUUGUUUUUUUUACUGCCAUUUCAGAUGUUACUUGUACAAAAUCCACAUAUUUUCAUGCAUUUAUUCACAUAUGUCAGAUUUAUGCUCUUGUUUAAGCCUUUCUGUUUAUAAUCAUGUUAUGGAUUGUUGUUGUAGUGGUUUAGUUUGAUGAUUAUUAAAGUCUCUCUAUAAGAGUACCAAACAA